AGUGAUCAACAAGAGAGAUUUUUCUGGGCGCACGGUAGAACUCAGCGCAGCCAAGGUUGCCAUCGCCACCAACAGAAUAGUGACUCUGCAGGAAAAUAAAACCUGCCUGCAGGUGCGCGCCACGUUCCGCAUCAUGUUACCUCAAUCGCGAAUAGUGCCGUUCCCUUGUCCGCGACGUGGUGUUCGUGGUGUGAUCACUGGACGGCCGAGAACCACCGCCAGAUCGAUUGCGUCGCUGCGUUUGCCAGAUAAGCGCGAUCCGACAGGGGCGGUUCCAGCAGGUGAUAUCUUUACCGGCGACCCGGCUAGUUUGUUUGAUAGUGCGCGGACUGCAUCCGUGACCGGAAGACAAAACGGGGUUGGAGAUGAUGAAACGAAGAAUAAAUCACAACCACUGCACGAGGCACAACUCGUCAAUCUUAUGAGCAAUCACGAGCUGUACCAAUACACAUGCAAAAAUCUGGCGAACUUGAUGAACAACCAAACUGCAAGAGAAAACGCACGUUGGAAAAAUACUAGUGGAGGAGCUGUAGCGAGUAAAAACACUCCUACUACACCAGCAUCUUCCAGAGGCUGUGCUGCAUCUGCUCGAUCUCUCCCCAAGAACACGGCGCUCUUCGAUGAACACGAAAAUAAAUUCGGUGUCGGUGCAGACAAUCAAUUCCGCGAUGACCACAACGCCGAAAACACUGAUCCCGAACAACUAGACGUCGUGUGGACCAAGCUAACCAGCGAAAUCAGCAAACGGGCGAGACAAGACUUUCUGCCUGCCGAGAUUGAUGGUUUCUCUCUUGGACGAGGGGAAGAAGAUGCACGACCAGUUGGGGAAAGUGAUGGCAGUGUAGGACGAUCCGAAGGCAACCACUAUGUUCAUGGUGUAAACCAUUCUACUCUGGACGACGACGAGGCGCUAACGCGGUUUUCCGCAACGAGCUCUGCCGCCGCUUCGCAGCAAGCACGUCUGAACUCGUUUCUUGUCAAUGACAACCGGAACUCUGCACGGAAAAGGCGACGCAGAGAACAGAUUUUGGCUGCCGAGGUGGGUAAUAUGGAGGAGUGUACUACCGCGGGCGAGACAAGCGAAGCACCACUAGGCUCGCAUCAAAAUAAGAACAAGCGCGCGAAGAGCACCGGUACUACAAAUGCAGACUUGACGAGUACUUCUAGCGCGGACAUUUUACGUGAAGAAGGUGUCCCACCUUCUUCAACACGUCAAGGCCCUUCACAACCUCCCCGUGCGAGGACGUUAGACAAAAGCGAACCAGCCUCGAUGGCUGUUCCCGCGGCGUUUUCCCCCAAGCAGCUGACGAAGUUUCUCCUGCUCCUCGCGCAUUCCUGCGCGAAAUGCUCAACAAGGAUCCGGAAGACGGAAAAAAAAUGGCUGUUGCAAACCGCGGAAAGCCUCUUGCGUCACUGUGUCAAGUCCGCGAGCCAGCUUUCGGAUUCGGACUUGGUAAAUGUCGUGUAUGCCGUCGUGAAAGGGAAGCUGUACAAGAAGUACACAUCACAAUCACUAUCGCACGGCAGCACGAUCUCAAGAGCAGGUGUGCUAGGGUCUUCAAGUUCGAUGUCCCGGAGUUGGCGCCGCUCUCCUGAUUUUGAUCUGCUUCUCGCCGAGGUGCUAAACCGGCUAAAUUCAUCAGCACCCAGGCCGAUGGGAGGUGACGGAAGUUCAACUACAUCAUCCGGGACUAUCGACUCUAUCGAUAGUUGUGGACAACUCCGCGGCUACCAGGUAGUGCAGCUGUUGCGGACGCUGCUCUCCGCGAAGUUUUGCCACGAGGAACAGGAACUGCUCGAGUUGCUUGUGCGGCACGCCGGACGACAUUUUUCGAACCUGGAUUCCGACUGUUUGAAAACUUUUUCCGUCUUUUUCGUCAAGUUUGCCUCAAAACGGACGGAAAGGACCUUUUCCCCGCAAUUUGACAAGAAAAUCCGAAAGAAGAUUUACGGGUGGCAGAGCAGCGAACUGCUUCUGCGUGCGGGGUUCACUCUUGCUGUAGAGGACCGGUUUUCGCUGCAGACACUCAAUCUAUGGCUUUUCCGCAUGUGGAAUCUGAAGGUUUUGGAGGAGAGAGUGGUUGUCGAACACCUGCGGAGGAAGUCCGGGAAGGGAAGCGACUCGUCCUCGCCUAUGGUUUUUACCAAUGUUGGUGCUACGAACUGGAGUCGUCCACCUACUGCUACGGAGAACGGCAGGCUCAACGAUCAGGAUCCGGAGUACCCGAAUGUUGCAAAUGGCGGUGGCAACGAUCAGACGGCAGAGGAACUGAAAGUAGAUGUUGAACAGAGUUCUCCUACAACUGUUGACGGCGAAUACCAGGGCAGCUCAGGAGCUAACACAAGUUCGGCUAUUAAGAAACAACAGCCGACGACGAGCACCAGCACGACCAGCGGAGGAACAACGGAUUCUUUCCUGCUGAGCGAUCUGCUGCUUCUGAAGACCACGGCGCACUGCCUACCGGCCGAUCUGCGUUGCUUGGAGCCAGAUGCCCAGGAGUUGCUAGAGACAGUGCGGGAUCGCGUUUCGCUCUCUCUGGAAGAGAUGCGGGAUAGCAACCUAGCGCCAGAGAGAGUAACGCGCUACUCCUACAUCUGGGAAACACUGGAGAGGAAAGUGCGGAAGGGUUUGAUACAACACGAAGGUGUUUCUCUUUCCAGCGACGACGAGAUAAGGACCGAUAAACAAGGAUCCACUUGUGGUGCUUCUGGGCAAGCACGUGCACUAGAGAUGAUCUCAACUGAUACAGCUACGGUACAGCAACCGGCUGCGGCCCCUGCGCCGGCGGAGCUACAGGCUCAGCACCCGUUGCUGGGAUCACGAGUUAUCGGCCCGUUUCUGUGUCCGGUGGUAGAGGAAUUGAAGACCUGCACGCGUGGUGACAGAACGAGCCCUGGUUCAUCGUCUUGCAGCGUGCUGUAUCAAAUGCAAAAAUGUCUGGGUCUGGAAAAGUGUAGACUUGUCAUGCAGAUUUUCCAUGACCCAUGAGGUCUGGAAUGCGGGACUUAGCAUGACAGACUAUGCGAGGUCUCUGCCAUGCCAAUCCUGCAUGAGAAACCUCCUUCCAACUUGGUCAAAAGUAUACCGCUUUUGGGACUCAUGCAACACAGAUUUUUGCAUGCUCGAGAUUUACCAUGACAAGUUGCAAUCUUCCAGACUCAGACACUUUUGCAAUUCAUAUGCUGACACACAAAGUCGUCGUGCAUGAAUGGAAAAACGCAUGGGAGCUGUAUCCGCCUUUUUUGCAGGUCGAGCUGGAGCAGCACUUCCGGCGAAAAUGGAAGUUUCUCACGGAAAAAGUGGAAAACUGCGAAGUCGUGUUUCAUGAAAAUUUUGAAGACUGAACAAGGUGCGGGCCUCAUCAUGAAUAAACACGGAUUGAUGUGUCUUUGCACGCCUGGACAUGAACUUCUCUAGAAAGAUGAAAAUCUAACGACAGUUGUGACUCUGAGAACAAAUGAACUACAUGAACAAACCGGGUUUCGCUAAUGUAUCGUAAGAUCAAGAUAACCUCUGAGGGUGACGCAAUAAUUAGACUAUGCACGACCAGAGAAAUGAAAUCAAAU